AUCAAGCCUCACUACUCCGCAGCCUUCAUGUUUGACAGCGCAGAGGGAAGAAGAAGAACAGAAGAAGAACAGAAGAAGGAGAAGAAGAAGAAGGAAACUGACUGACGCUUUUUCUGACUUUCUGACGCACCGGGGAACUUUUUGUCCAUGUCACCAGCAAGCCUGAGGCCAGGACACUCAUCAGCCUGUACCAAAGUUCUUUGCCUUUUCCACGGAUUAAUUUAACCAGACCAACCAGGGAUUCGAUAGCCUGGUUAUGGAUUUUAACCUGCUGACGGACAGUGAAGCCCGCAGCCCGGCGCUGUCGCUCUCCGACUCCGGGACCCCGCAGCACGAGGCGGGAUGUAAAGGCCAGGACACCAGCGACACAGAGAAAUCCCACCAGAACCAGCUGGAUGAGUCCAGCGCUGACGACGGCUCUCUGAAGAAGAAGCAGCGGCGGCAGAGGACUCACUUCACCAGCCAGCAGCUGCAGGAGCUGGAGGCCACCUUCCAGAGAAACCGCUACCCCGACAUGAGCACCAGAGAGGAAAUCGCAGUGUGGACCAACCUCACAGAGGCACGGGUCAGGGUAUGGUUCAAGAACCGCCGUGCUAAGUGGAGAAAGCGCGAGAGGAACCAGCAGGCAGAGUUAUGCAAAAAUGGCUUUGGUGCCCAGUUCAAUGGACUCAUGCAGCCCUACGACGACAUGUACACUGGCUACUCCUACAACAACUGGGCUACCAAGAGCCUAGCAAGCAGCCCGCUCUCUGCCAAGAGCUUCCCAUUCUUUAACUCAAUGAAUGUAAGCCCCCUAUCCACCCAGCCCAUGUUCUCGCCCCCCAGCUCCAUCCCCUCCAUGAACAUGGCCUCUGGCAUGGUGCCCUCAGCAGUGGCCGGGGUUCCCACUACGGGGCUCAACAACCUGGGCAACCUCAACAACCUCAACAGCCCCACGGCGCUCAACUCGGUAGCGGUGAGUGCAGCCACGUGCCCCUACGCCACCACAGCCAGUCCCUACAUGUACAGAGACACCUGCAACUCCAGCCUGGCCAGCCUGCGGCUCAAGGCCAAGCAGCACACCAACUUUGCUUAUCCGGCAGUGCAGAACCCCGUGUCCAACCUGAGCCCCUGCCAGUAUGCUGUGGACCGGCCGGUAUGAAGAAGAAGCUCCGACGGCGCCCCCUGACCCAACUGAC